AUGGAUGAUAACAGCUUCAGUACAGGUGGAGGUGGAUUCAGCACCAGCGGUGACUACUCUAACGAGGGUAACGGAUCUCAAAAGUUCCAACAACAGCGUCAAAGUUUAACUCCGGUCACUAUCAAGCAAAUUAAUGAAGCUCAGCAACAAGUAUUGGAUGGCGAAUAUCAAGUACAUAAUGUUGCUUUAUCGCAUGUGUCCUUUGUAGGUGUAGUGAGAAAUGUCCAAGACCUCACUGCUAACCUUGCCAUUACUAUUGAAGAUGGUACUGGUGCUAUUGAUGUUAAGAAGUGGAUCCAAGAGAAUGAUAUGGGCUCUUCCGAAUCUGAUCUGAGUUCAUUAGAAUUGAACAAGUAUGUUUACGUGACAGGAUCUUUAAAAGAUUUCAAUGGAAAGAAACAAUUGCAGAACACAACCAUAAGACAAGUUACUGACCAUAACGAAAUCAUAUAUCACAACCUUAGUGCCAUUAAUAAUCAUUUGAAGGCUCAAGGAAUAACUUCCAAAGCUGGUGGCCAAAACCAACAACAGGAUCUAUUUGUCAAAGAAAGCAACCAAGGAUUAUCUAUUCAAGAUAAUAUAUUAGCUGUAGUUCGUGAUAAUAGUGAAAGCUUACAAGAAGGUGUCCCUGCAAGGUUCAUCUCUCAACAUUUAAACAUAUCAAAUGAAGUUGUUUUAGAAAACUGUGCAAUUUUGGUUGAAGAGGGAAAGAUUUACACUGGUUAUGACGAUAGUGCAUAUUUAGCUGUUUAA